GAAACACCCCCUCCCAGGGCAUUUUCCUCCAGCACUGUGGGCCAGCGCAGGCCGCCUGGGCUCAUUAGGUGACCUCCUGCGAGGGAGUGGACGCCAAGGGCAACAACACACAGGGUUCCCAGCACCAUGAGGGCCUGGAUCUUCUUCUUCCUUUGCCUGGCCGGAAGGGCCUUGGCGGCCCCCCAGCAGCAGGAAGCCCUACCUGAUGAGACGGAGGUGGUAGAGGAAACCGUGGCCGAGGUGGCGGAGGUCCCUGUGGGUGCCAACCCUGUCCAGGUAGAAGUUGGAGAAUUUGAAGACGGCACUGAGGAAACCGUCGAGGAGGUGGUGGCUGAAACAGACCCUUGCCAGAACCACCACUGCAAGCACGGCAAGGUGUGCGAGCUGGAUGAGAACAACACCCCCAUGUGCGUGUGCCAGGACCCCACCACCUGCCCCGCCCCCGCCGGCGAGUUUGAGAAGGUGUGCAGCAAUGACAACAAGACCUUCGACUCUUCCUGCCACUUCUUUGCCACCAAGUGCACCCUGGAGGGCACCAAGAAGGGCCACAAACUCCACCUGGACUACAUCGGGCCUUGCAAAUACAUUCCCCCCUGCCUGGAUUCUGAGCUGACUGAAUUCCCCCUGCGCAUGCGGGACUGGCUCAAGAACGUCCUGGUGACCCUGUAUGAGAGGGACGAGGACAACAACCUUCUGACCGAAAAGCAGAAGCUGAAAGUGAAGAAGAUCCACGAGAACGAGAAACGCUUGGAGGCCGGAGACCACCCUGUGGAGCUGCUGGCCCGGGACUUCGAGAAGAACUACAACAUGUACAUCUUCCCUGUGCACUGGCAGUUCGGGCAGCUGGACCAGCACCCCAUUGACGGGUACCUGUCCCACACCGAGCUGGCCCCGCUGCGCGCACCCCUCAUCCCCAUGGAGCACUGCACCACCCGCUUUUUCGAGACCUGUGACCUGGACAAUGACAAGUACAUCGCCCUGGAGGAGUGGGCCGGCUGCUUCGGCAUCAAGGAGCAGGAUAUCGACAAGGAUCUUGUGAUCUAAAUCCAGCCUCCUUCCGCAGAACCGGAUUCUCUCUCUUUGACCUGUUCCUUCCUGUUCCCCCCAAAGUUUAAAAUGUUUGGAUGGUCAGUCGUUCUGCCUGGGGAUAAGGUGCUAACAUAGAUCUAAAUGAAUACAUUAACGGUGCUAAACAUGGAAAUCGUAACAAGUCGCGACACUCUAACUCCUAACUUGACUCCGGAGGCCUCUAGCUCGCGCCUAACAGCCACACCGCUUUUCUCUUGCCAUCUGCAACGCCGCCCAGGGUCUCCUGGCUGUGGUGAAAAUCCACGCGCUCCAUUCUGCUGCUCGCACAGCGCAUCUUCAGACUUUCUGUGUCACUCUGCUAACAUUCACCGAAUCAGACCUCGUGUUCAUUUUAUGUCAGGGUUUGGGCUGCCCCGGGUCUCCCCCGGUGGCUGGGCAGAGGGAAGUAACAGACAGAAAUGUGGGUGACGGUGUUUCUGGGGCAGAGGACCGGCGGUGGGAGAGAUCCCUGUGGAACCGGGGAGAGGGUCCCGUUUGCCUGGGCUGUGGCUGAGAGAGGGUCUGGGGGUUCGUUCCGAAGACGCAGAGACUCGCAUGCACCCCACUCCUUGCCGUUUCCGCCUGCGCUCUGCUGAGCAGUUUCUGUGUCCGUCAGGCUCUUUAUUGAGAUUUACGGGAGCUGCGGCUAACAGUUCUCUGCGGGAUAAACGAGCGUGUGCUACAGGGUUUCUUCCCUCCUAACUUCUUUUGGAGAUUUUAGGCUUCUUCUCAGGGGCUCUAGGGGCUGGGAGGCUGUUUCAGGUAGGAAAGCCAAAAUUCAGAGCGAGACACAGAAAGUCGUAAAGCAGAAAAAGUGAAGUUUGGUGAACUGGUUGUUUUGUUUUGCUUUUUUUCAUAUUUAGAAGGCUGGCAUAAGUUUUCUAGCAUAUUCCACCUUUUCUUUCCCCAUUUCCUCUUCUGUUCAUCAAGAGAAACUUCAUAGUCAACCGGAUGGUCGGAUCUCACAGGCUGAGAACUUGUUCACCUCCAAGCAUUUCAUGAAAAAGCUGCUUUGUAUUAAUCAUGCAAGCUCUCUCUCCGUGGUGGGGAGAGUUUGGCAAACCUUUCAAAAUAAAAAGUAAUGACUUAGAAACC